CGGGAAUUUGGGCACCCCUGUUCUAGGGGAAACACUGGCAUUCUUAUGAUUGAAAAAGAGCAAGACUCAAUGAAACCAUUAUACAGCCCAGACUGGGCUGUAUAAUGGUUGUAAAUUAUACAUGGCUCAUAAUUAGGGUUAUAUGGCGCUGGUAACGUGGAGUUGUAAGGGGUGCUCAGAAACGGUGUCAAGUAGGUCCAAGGAUCUGUGGACACAGAUGUGUUGUCAUCAAGUGUGUAACAAGCUCACGGUCUUCUUGGCCUGCUAUCAAAAAAGCAAAGAGGGCAGAAGUGAACUUUUGCCCAACAUAUCCAUCAGAAGAAACUGAGGAAAGUCUCGAGGCGAUGCGGAAAGCUUUACUCUUGGACAUAAAGAAGAGCAACAACAGAGAGUUGGUUAAACUCAAGAUGGAAAAAACUUAUGCAUACAGAAGACAUGAAAUUGUUCGUGAUGCACCGAUGGUGGAGGCUUUCAUGGCAAGAUGGCCUGCUUUAUUUGACAUCCGUGAGAUCAACGCUGAGUUUAAGAGAAUUACCAACAUCCCACUUCAGUCAAAGUCUUUGUCUCAACUGGAUCUCCAUCUUGGCAACCUGGUGAAGCUGUUCAAAAGAAGAGGAGGACAGCUUGGACAAAAGCUGGCACAAAUGGAUGAUUGUGAAGAUGUUGAUGCUGGACGCGAGUGUGUCAUUAAGGGAGUGUGUGUCUACAUGGGAGAAGAUCCUGACCACCUCAUCCGGGAGUAUGUGGGCAUGGAUGAGGCUGCCAUCAGUGAGGCCAUUGAAGACACCACUGUUGGAACUUAUCUUCUUAAAGAGGAGGCUUCAGCAGAUGAACAGGAGAUUGGAGUUGUUCUUGAAGGCAUCAGGGUGAUGACUAAUUUGGAUAAUAUAGCAUUUGCUGUGGUGAUGCUAUUUGGACUAAUAUAUGCACUGAACCUUGCAUAUCCUGCUGACCUUCGCUACACUUUUGAGGUGUUCCAGAAGAUUUUGAUGGAACUGGAUGGAGGUAAACUCUCCAACAAGGUGCUAGCUCUCAAAAACCGCCUCUUUGAGUGAGUAGUCAAAGACUGCACUUGUGAAAUUUUAUUUUUUUUUCAUUUUCUAUUCAGUAAUGUUGUAAUCCUCAAGGUUUGUUUUUCUUCUUUUUUCCUCUAUUCCUCAUGACCCCACUGCAGGAUAAAAGUAUUUGUCCUUUUUGUAUUCCAAUGUUUCCAAGAAAUGUUUAAUGAGGGAUUUUAGAGAGAUGUUCUGGGCCAACCUUGAAGCUGCAGUAAGUAACUUUUAUGAAAAAAAUUUACAUAUUUGUUUAAACUGUCCCUAAGUCAUUACAGUGUAACAUGAGAGAUAAUCUGAAAAAAAUAAGCUCUGUCCUAUCAUGCAUUAUCUUACACUGACAUGACAUAGUGACAGUUUUUGCAAAUAUGUAUAAAAAACAAAAACAUUGUUAUAAAACUUGCAUACUGCAGCUUUCAUGUCAUGUUCAAAAAGAUUCAUGUAGCUUGUAAGGGAGGAAUUGGAACGCUGAUUCUCUGGUGGCUGUUUGACGCUCGCCUCUGAGUGCCGGUCAGGGCACACACUGGAGAUCGCUCGGUCGGUUAUAGUGCUUUAUUGCAGGUUUGGGGUAGGGGUGCGUGGGUGUGUGGUUUUUAGGUCAAGAACAUACCACCACACGAACUGGACUGGACUGGUUUGCUCGGCAUCCCCACUCCCAUGCUCAACAUACCUGCAAGUGAGUGAGGAGCACCACUUCCCCUCCCAGUCCAGUAGGUGGGGCGUUACUACACAACAAACGUCGUAAACAGAAGACACUAAAUAGGUCCGGGCCUUUCUAACAUAGGUGUUCAGGUUCAGUUAUUUAACACUGUCAUUUAAGUGUUUGCUGGUAUUUUUAAUGGCUAAAUCCAAAAGAUGUAUUAGGAUAUGCAGUCCUUAGCAGCUUGCUGCUUCUUUUUUCUCUUAAUUUAAGAUGAAAUUCUUUUAAAUGGUACACAUGUUCUAUGCUUGUGACAUUCACUGACAUUCAUAGCAGAUUGUUGCUUUGUUUCUUGCUUUUAAAAUUCAGUGUAACAGGAAUUUUAGAAAUCUUAAAUACAAAACAAGUUAUGCAUCAUUAAACCUGUUUAUUCAACAAUUUAGUUUAGUUUUAUUCCUUUUGAAUUUUACAAAUGUUAAACCCAAUUUAUAUGUAAGAGAUGGUGGGAUCAUUUAUAGGCACUUUUUAUUUAUUUGUAAUAUGUUUACAGAUGUUUUCAGUUGUUUUUCCAGUUGUAUUUGCAGUGAAGACUAAAAAUCCCCAAAAGGUGUCAAAGGUUUUGUGGCUGUGAUUUUUGGAUUGUUCAUGGCAGCUCUCUGCUUUUACUUCUGUUUAAUAAAGGUGAA